AUGUCCCUCGACGAAUUGGUAACUGUGAUUUCGGGACGUAAAGACCUAGGACGAGUAGCAACGAAAGCUAAUAUAGUAGAUGAACCAACAUGUGUGGCACUCCAUUUGGCGUCGAAUACUUGCAUCCCAAUUCUGCUGGAGUCACUUUCAGAUAAGAACUGUUUCGUACACCUCAUGAAUGAGUUGAAGCAGUGA